UUGUUCCUCCGUGUAAAAUUCCUCAAGUUCGAGUCUUUUGUUCGUGGGUUUGGACCGACAGCGAGUGGAUAUGUGGUAAAAAGGCCGCAGAGACACGGUGUAAGUAAGAGUGCAGACUGAGACGAAUGAGAUUGUAACGGCUCUUGCAGACGGUUUCUCCGCUUCGUUUGUCCGUUUGAGGGAGUGAAACUCCUGAUGGGAAGGCAGGGAAGGGAAGAUAACGAGGAGGAGCUGAGGAAGGAGCUGAGUUAACCGGGCUAUGUGGCAAAACUCUGCGCUACUUCUCUGACAACAAGAGCUGUGCGGAUACUUUUGAUAAAGCGAUGGAGGGAGAGAAGGAGAGACAGAGGCAGCAACGAGAGGAGAAGGAGAGUAACGAGGCAGAAGAUGGCAGGAGGAGCGAAGAUGACGCCGACAACGAAGAGGAGGAUGAUGAAGGUUCAGAGGGUGCGGCGCUGGUGUGGCAGGAAGGCUACGGUGAGGACAAUCUUGGCCUUCCCAUCAUGCACUGGGAGGCGCUGAGCCUGCGCAUUGCUGAGCUGGAGAAGCAAGAAGAGGAGAAGAAGGAGAAGAAGGCAAAGAGCGGAGUCUCUCUGGAGCGAGGCAGAGCUCCAGUGAGCUGGAUGGAGGACAGGGAGAGGAGAGCCGAGAGCUGGGAAGACAUAGACGACGCCUGCAACAGCCACGUGCUGGCUAUCACCUCCCGGUACGUACACACACACGCACGCCUAAGACCACUAUUACUCAUGAGCAUGGUGUCAUACCUGAGCUCAGAGCUGGUGGGUCGCCUGCAGGUCCGAGACCAGCUGAGAACGAAGCAGGACGCGAUGCUGCUGGAGGUCCAGGAUCUGACCUCACUGUGA